GUGGUGGCAAGGGCUCCAUCUACACCUGGGCCUCGGGUAACGGCAGUAAUAACGGAGACGACUGCGGAGCGGACGGCUACGUCGGUAGCAUCCACACCAUCUCGGUUGGUUCCAUUAAUGACAUGGGGGAGUCGGUUUACUUCAUGGAGAAGUGCGCCUCAACGAUGGCCGUCGUUCUAGCUGUCUGGAGGAAUCAGUGACAUCAAGGCCAAAGGGGAAUACAGUAAACCUCAAAAUCUGGUGAUCACAACGGACAUCCGUGAUGGUUGCAUUGAUAAUUUCAUCGGGACAUCCAGUGCAGCCCCACUAGCUAAAGGAAAACCCAGCCGUGAACCCUGAUCUUUCAUAACAAAGAGCAGCUACAUGAUGAAGAGAUCGUUAUUGACAAGGAUAAUUUAGCCAAAGGAGUAGAAGAACCUCCAAAUACAAAACACAACUUGGACGAUGAGGAGGAUAUCGACACUGGAGAAUUUGACGGGAUCUUGAAGGAUCCUCAGGUUCGAGCUCUAUACAUCAGCAAGAGAGCUGAGAUGAGGUGAAGGUUCGAAGAGCGAAAGGAGACGAGGAGGAACGAGUUUGACGACCUAAUGACCAAAAGGGGCCAAGAGGAGAGGUCACAUGAUCAAGAGAUUAGGUCACAUGGUCAGGAAUUCAAAGUGCACGGAUGCAAUGGUCGUCUACAAAAAACAGACGGGGGCGAUGGACGCAGACGAACUGGUCAAGAUUGAAGAUACCUCCUCAAGUGAGGAUGAAGACCGACCGGCAACGAGUAGAAAGCGGACAGCGGAGUUUGGUUCACCUCCUGCUAAGCGGAUUCAAAGCCUCGCUAGCUACGACACCAAAGCUUGGAUCAAUCAAUGUAAAGAACUUACUCAAAUGCUGUGGAAUUGGUUAAAACAUUUUGGCCAGAACUUCAUCCCGCCCCCGCCCCCAUCACCCACCCCCAAGAGCUAA